AUGGCCAACCGAAUUUCUCUCCUACACUACCUCCAGCGGGGUCUCGAGGCACUACCUGUUAUCGACAACAAUCAGUCGAAGGAAAAUACUAGAAAUGCCCUAUACCAGGCCCGUGAUAUUGGUUCAACUGCGUUGUGGCAAAACUUCAAUAUCGCAUCCGUUCUCCAGCAGUUUGGGCCGUUGUUGGCAGCAGCUCGCAUUCAAGCUGAACCGCACGGGACCAGCCCACCAGAGGUGGUCGCAGCCGAGAUAGAUAUUCGCAUCGGUGUGGGAGAGUACGUACGCCCGUUUGUCCGCCGAGCCCUUCGCUGUGGCUUCGAAAGUCUCGCCGGUUCGCCGCAGAUGACGAACCUCACGGCGGUAAUGAUGGCCUCCGGAAGGAAUGCCCAGGUUAUUGAGUCCUUUGAGCCGGACUUUGCUGUCUUUGAUCCGACCGUGGAGAUGCCGAAAGAUAGACCAAACCGGUUGCCUGGUGAUGCCAAACCUUCUUACAAGUGGGAGUGGGCGCUUCAGCACAGCCCCAGCCCAUUUUCGAGGAAGGAGUUUCGACAGGCAUUAUCGCAAGUCAAGUUUUACAUGACCCAGCACCAAGCAAAGUACAGCUUUAUCCUCACGAACCGCGAGCUUGUCGCUAUUCAGAGGCUUGACGACAGUAGAGCUUUGCUGCUCUCGAAUCCAAUCCCUUGGAGUGCUUCUGGAUCCGAGGAGGACCCACAAAUGACCUUCCAAGAGACUUCAGCAACGCCGGUUUAUAAUCUUCUGAAUAUCGCACGAAUUAGGUACGGCGGCAACGCCAUCUCAAAAUCAAGCGCGCCGUUAUUUGAUGCAGCUCCUGUGUACGCGGAUUUUAUUAGUCAAGUGUACAAGAAUAACCACGGCGGUAAAAUGGGCGUCAUCAUUAUUGGCGAUUCGCUUGGUGCUACGACUUCGCUCAUUAUCGCUGCUCUCAAGGGUGACAACAUUCCUCUAAUCGGCGUCAGUGCCCUCGGCUGUGUCCCCAAGCGGGAACCUCCGCAGUUCGUUCUUGAUGCCAUUGCGGCAUUCCCCGACGUGGACAGGCUCGAAAUGGGCGAGGUUGAUAAUGAUUACUUUCGAAAGUUCCUCGGUGCGCCAAAAUACUUUUGA